GGAGGUACAAGAAAUCCUGUGCUGGAAGAUGGAGCAAACAUGUGAUGAGAUAGAUGAAAUGUUCAGCAAUUUACUUGGAGAGAUGGACAUGCUGACCCAGAGUUUAGGAGUGGAGACUGUACAACCUCCAUCCCCCAAAGUGUCCAACAAUGAAUUAAGCUUUACAGUUGGUUUUAAAGAUUUAAAUGAAUCCCUAAGUGCCUUAGAGGACAAAGACCUGGAUGCUUUAAUGGCUGAUCUUGUAGCAGACAUAAAUGAUGCUGAACAGAGAACUUUACAAGCACAGAAAACUUUUGGCAACCAGCAAACUACAGUCACUCAGCCUUCAAAAGGCUUGGAUAGUGAUGUUUAUUGUAAAUCAAGUCCCUAUGUUACCAUUACUGGACAUUUUGGGGAUGGCUUGCCCCCUCCACCUCCAGAUCCUGAUUUAGACCUUCCACCACCACCACCACCACCUCCUCCUGAGCCACUCACCCAGGAAGAACGAGAGGCACAGGCUAAAGCUGACAAGAUUAAACUUGCAUUGGAGAAACUGAAGGAAGCCAAAGUUAAAAAGCUUGUUGUCAAGGUGCACAUGUACGAUAACAGCACAAAGUCACUAAUGGUGGAUGAGCGUCAGGUGACACGGGAUGUUUUAGACAAUCUCUUUGAGAAAACCCACUGCGACGGCAAUGUCAACUGGUGUCUGUAUGAAAUGUACCCAGAGCUGCAAAUUGAAAGGUUUUUUGAAGACCAUGAAAAUGUUGUUGAAGUGUUAUCAGACUGGACUCGAGACACUGAGAACAAGCUUCUUUUUUUGGAGAAAAGUGAAAAAUAUGACUUAUUUAAAAAUCCCCAGAAUUUCUACCUGGCAAACAAAGGGAAGAAUGAAAGCAAAGAAAUGAAUGAUAAAAACAAAGAGGCUUUAGUGGAGGAAAGCUUCUGUGGGACAUCUGUCAUUGUGCCAGAGCUUGAAGGGGCCCUUUAUUUAAAAGAAGAUGGAAAAAAGUCCUGGAAGAGGCGUUAUUUUCUUCUACGAGCUUCUGGAAUUUAUUAUGUACCCAAAGGAAAAACCAAGACAUCACGGGAUCUGGCAUGCUUCAUUCAAUUUGAGAAUAUGAACGUUUAUUACGGUUCUCAACACAAAGUGAAAUAUAAGGCACCUACAGAUCACUGCUUUGUCUUAAAGCACCCCCAGAUUCAAAAGGAGUCACAAUAUAUCAAGUACUUAUGCUGUGAUGAUCAAGCAACCCUGCAUCAGUGGGUAACAGGAAUAAGAAUUGCCAAGUAUGGCAAGACACUAUAUCAUAAUUACAAAUGUGCAGUGAAGAAAGCUGGCUUGUCCUCUCGGUGGACAAACCAAGGAAUGGCGGAACCAGCUGCCCCUGCAGGAUCCUUAUCAGCAGAUGCUGUUCAGGCAAAUGGACAAAUUCCCCAAGUUGUUCGUCGUUCCAGUGCGGAAUUUCCAGAGACUCAGAAGCAAGUGGAUACAUCAGAGGUACAGGCUAAAUCAAAUAACGUCAGCGCACCUGGUCUGCCACAGUCAGUGAUGAGGCCACCGAAAUACCAGAAUAGGAGGAACUCACUGCAGCCUCCUCCUCCACCUGAAAGGCGGUCAUCUGCUAUUCCUGUUUCACCAAUUCUACCCUCCAAAGUCAAACGAGGCAGCGGCGUUUUCCUAACAGAGCCAGACAGCUUUCCAGCACCACCACCUACCUUGAAGAUUGAUUUUCCACCACCACCAUCUGAUUUCUACGAACCUCCUCCUGAUUUUGUGCCUCCGCCACCACCAGCCUCCAGCAGUGAUAAUGGAGACCUGCCAUUACCCCCUCCACCUCCACCUCCACCUCUCUCCAGUAAGCCACCACCUCCAACAAAGAAACCUGUGCCACUUCCUUCAAAAAGGCUAGAAAACACGGGACAAGCUGGAGAGCCACGGGCAGCUGGGCCACCUCCAAGUGGGGGUGGAGGCAAGCAAGCAGAUUUCAUGUCUGACCUAAUGAAGGCUCUUGAGAAGAAAAGGGGCAGCAGCUCCUGAAUGCUGGGAGCAGGUGGACUUCAAGUCAUAGCUGGUUUUGUGUGGCAUCAUGGAAGGUCUUUCUGGAUCAGGCCCCACCAGGAGCAAUUCUCCUUCAGAGUUCCUCCUGGGGGUCCCAAGAAGUAAGGUGGGGUGCCCUCUGUCCCCCACAUUGUCUCUACAACCUGCUUCUUCCUCCCCCCACCCCCCAUUGACUACCAUUCCAGCUUCAGGCUGAGGUAAGAAAUUGGCCAUAGAGUCAUGCUUCGCUCCAUCAGGACAGCCAGGGACGGUGGAGCAGCACUCGCAGAGCCAGCCAGCAAGUGAAAUGCAUCUUCUGUGGCUGUCUCUGUAGUAGAAGUGGAGCUGAAGGAAAAAAUACAAGUGUUCUCCUAUGAAUUUUGAGAAGUGGAAAGAUCCCUUUUUACAGAAUUCCCCUUAAAGGUUCAUUACCAGAAAACCCCAAAUUGUGGUGGCUUUUUUGAUAAAAGGACCCGCACACCCCCUUUUUCUUCCCCCUGUCUUAAAAAGUAAAACCUCAGCUAGAUUGUUCUGAGAUGCAAGGCAGGACCAGGGCCAUUUCCAGACAGCGUCACCCCAACUGUUAUACGCUCCUGUUUCCAUAUGCAACUCCAGUCAUAUCUGUCAGCACUCAGUUGCUGCCUUUAGAUCUCAUGUGUUUGGUUAAUCUUAGGCAAAGAAAAGUUUUUAUUUCAAAAUGUUGUAUGCUUCCCUUGGUAAGCAGGGAUUUUUUUUUCUGUUGGUUAACAUUGGUCUUCAAACUGCACCUAGAAAUAGUCUGUCUUCAGAAAGACUUCAUAAUUAUCUUGUACCUGAUAUGAAUGUCUCCUCCUACAGUUUUUUUUCAUUUGUUCUCCCAUUUUAAUUCUCCGUUGUUCGUUUAGGCAGCAUUCAUUAUUAGUUCUUGAAUAAAAAUAGCUUGUAUUUUAUAUCUGCACAAAGUGUCACAGUUAAUGAACAGGCAUUUUACUGGCAAUUGGUACCACUUCAAAUAUUUUAAAGAGUUUUUGCCUCUGCCUUCUAAAUUCUUUAUUUUUAUUUCCUCCAGUCUUUGUCUCUUCUCAUGCACACAGUUCUAAGGUUCCAUGAAUAAUAUAUUUCUGUAUUUUAUCUGAGUACGGACAGCAGCUCCUCUCUCAUUUGUUCAGAUGGUUCCUACUAUGUUUGCACAUCUUGGUGGCUAUGUGAGCAUAUCCUCCACAAGACAGCAAAGACCAGGACUUUGCUAUGACAAAGCAGAGGCCAGGAGCACUCAGUAUCAGGGGGCCAGACCCCUGACAAGGUGGAGCCAUGCAAGGCAAACCUGUGAUAGCUCUCGGAGGAGCGGGCAGUACCUGGUCAAAGCACGGGAGUGAAAGGACAGGCUCUGGAACGGAGCUGACGUGGAGCAGGGUGGUGGACACAAGAGGAACUCAGGGAUGCGCAGAAGGUGUUUCAGAACAGGGGUGCUUCAGCCAGGGAAGUGCCAGGUGAGCCACUAAAAAAAACAGUUUAUGUGACAUCAUGCAAUUUCAUCCAUUGUGAGUGGAGGCAAGCUGAAGCAAAGGGAUGUUUUUCCUGCAGUAACUGUGCCCAUCCCCAGAGUUACUCAGGUAUAGCCAUGGGACAGCCACUGCCAGAGUUACUCAGGUAUAGCCAUGGGACAGCCACUCCCCGUUUCCUCCUUCUUUCCUUUGGUUUGUCAGCAGUGUAAGCAUUGGAAGAAUAAGUAAGUAAAGCUCAUCACAUCAGGGGUGGGGAUGUGGGGGGGAUGUCCUACGACUGCUGUUAACCAUUUCUUUGCUCUGCAGCCUAUGGUUGAGGAGCUAGCACUGCUAACAAGAAGCUACAGCUUACGCACCUGUGGCUCUACUGCUAAAUAAAAUAGGAUAAGGAUGCAAGCUUGAGCGCUGGCCUGUGCUCACCCGUACAGCUGAAGUGGGCUAAGGACAGUCCCAGGUACAAUUCAAGGAACUGCCCAGGUCAGGCACCAUUCCCAGAAAACAGCAUGGACAAGUUUAAAAGCAGGUUUCGCUCCCUGUAUGGAGAUCCCCUGUGGUGUGGAUGUGGCCAGUUAGGGUACCAGUUCAUGGGCCAAGGGACUAGUCCCUUGCCCUCUUACUUACCAAUAUAGACAGAGCCUGUGCAACUCUUUGUGGUCUUCUAGCUCCCUCACUUUCACUGAACUGAGCAAAAAGCUGUCACCAAGAGAGCGAUGUUCAUAACACGUUACCUAAAAGUUUUGAAUUGACAUGCUAGAACAUUCAAAAGGUUCUCAUCAUCUCCAGGCAGCGACACUGAGAAAUGCUCCCGAGAGCAGGGCAAGGCUCAUAAGCUUAGUGCAAGCUUCAGUUCCAAAUGCAGGAGCAAAAAUACUAACUAGCUAAAAGUAGGAGGGUUAAAACCAAGGGUUUAAAAAAAAAAAAGGAUUAAUGUUUCUAAGUUGCUUUCCAUCUGUAACUGAUUGCUCAGAAUCAUUGAAUGCUAAAGAGCUGGGUGUCACUUUCUGACAAGGUACUAGGAGGGGACAUCUUCGACACACUUAAGUGACAACAGCUGUCUUCUGUCCAGCUAUUUUUAAAUCAAAUGAGGUUUUUUUUUUUUAUGAAAUAUACACCCAGCAUCAAAGUAAAGCAGAAUGUGUCCUCCAAAAAACAUUGCACAAUGAGCUAGUUUCUCUGCAUUCACAAAGCACUAAGACUUCUACACGGCUUUCCUAGCAUUCACUCUUCUCACCAGAACGCCCAGCCUCCUGCCCCAUUUCCUCCCCUCUCUUUUGUUACAGCACAAUAAACUCAAUUUUAUACAUUUUACAUCUGCAGUCAAUCAUAACUCAUGCACUUAAUCUUACACAAAAGAAAAAGUUGAGCUUUCUUUGAAACAAAAAGAAUCAAAGCCUACAGAAAACUCCAGAAAUCAAUUAAAAUGCUGUGAUGAUUAGACCUCUAUCAAAACUAUUUUGUGUAUGUACAUCGUUGCAUUGAAUUGCUGAAAUGUAUGUAUUCAAACUCUCCAUUCACAGACCAGAGCUACCAUCUGAAUGAUACACAAUUAUCUGGCUUUAUUUGGUACAAAAGAAGAUGCUGCAAAAUACAGAAAGAUCUUCCUUUCCAAGACUGUAAAUCAAAGCAUUUGUAAAAAAAUAGAAAUUAAUCCUUCCACCUCUAUCUACCCUAUUGCCAUGUGAAACUGUCUUAUUCCUGUAGAUCGCUGUAGCCUGUACAUCACUAGAGAUUACAGUAUUUUAGUCUGAAAAUAUCUGAAAUUGCAGGUUAUUUUUAACCUUUCCCCGUACCUCCAAUGGAAGCAGUCUCAGCAGCUGUCAUCCUCUUUGGGCUCUUACAUCACCAGUAUGGAAGACAGACCUACUUCGAGCCACUGGUUUUCCAUCAGUCCUUAGGACUGGAAAGGUAGAGUCAUGUGGAAAAGUCCGCACGUGGGGGAUGACCACUGCAGACCCUCACGACUGUCCACUGCUACAGAAAGAGGACAACAUUACAGGUAAACACCCGUUUGCUUACCGGCCACAGUAUUUUUAUUCCCCGUCUGCUCUUGCAUGACUGCUGCGUUUAUGUAACGUGAAGGAAAAGGCAGCUCCAGAAUCGCAGGCGGAAGCCAAGGAUUUUAGGAAAUACACCACGAAACACAGCUUACGUUGUCAUAAUAAGCCAUAACGAUUAAACUCUGGUGGAAAGGGAGGUGGUGCAAAAUGCUGAGCACGACAUGGGCUCAUUUCUCUACUUUAACAAGCCAUAGUUAAAAGGUAGUGAUGAGGUAACUGUAUUCUUCGCGUGUUUUUCACACACUCUUGGUCAGGCACCUUGAGAGUGGGAAAGUAGAAACCUAAAUGGAUCACAUGGCAAAGCUGUAGGACAGAACCGUUACUUGUGGGCUAUCACCGACAGCCUCACAGUAACUGGGAAACAGGCGUAGUCUGUUUGAGGGAGAAAUGCAGAACAGAGGAGAUUCAGUGUCGUUAAGACUUAGGAAUUCUUAUGGUCUUGCGGAAUAUUCUAAGGCAGUUUGAUCGUCAUUAAUAGUCAGUACUGACUACUAUGAAAUCAGAAUAGGUACUAAAAACAGGUGAUGUAAACCACAUGGUAAAACUAGGGGAAAAAAAAAAAAUGGAGAGUUGCUUUCACAUAAAUCAAGGCAAAGACAUGACUGAGGCCAUGAAUGAGCUCCUGGAGAAGCAGCUGACCUACGCUCUCCAUCCAGAGGAAUACGUGAAACCCAUUUUGAGGGCUGGCUUCAUUCUGUCAGAUGUUUUUCAAGAACCUGAGAAAAGCCUCACAAUGAGCACAGCAGGCAGUACGUAUCUGCUUGUAAAAUAGC